CCAUCUCCAUGUAUGUUUCCAUCCCACCUUUAUACUGCUUCUCAUUCUUUCUGUACACUCUCUUCCUAGAGGGUACGGGUACCUACUCAGGGGAGGGAGAAGUGUUUACCGUACCGGCACUCUUUGUCUGCUUCUCGUGCCGUCUGCCGAGCCAUUUCCCAUCCUGUCGCUCCUGACAAAUCAUUCUUCAUCCGCCGUGGUGGCCGCGCUUUGCGGAUUACUAAAAAGCCAGCACGUCAGUCGGCCUUGGACCCCGACUCUCCUGCGCGUCUCCCUUCAUGCGCAGAACGCUCGUCGGUAGAGCCCAGACCGGCCUUGCUCCUCGAGUGAAGCUGACUGCACCACUCCCGCCAUCCCGUCCAACCCCCCGCCUAACCCUCGGAGCCGGCCAAACCUCCAAACCAACGUUGCUGGCGACUCCUCGACUCUCUGCAUUUUGCCGUCACUUCUCUAGCUCAAGCCCCGUCAUGGCGCCCGUUCCCAAGGAAGCAGACUACCUCGUCCUCGGCAUUGGCAGCGGAGGCAUUGCUUCCGCUCGGAGAGCUGCAAAAUAUGGAGCCAAGGUCAUUGCCGUCGAAUCUGGCCGCAUGGGCGGUACCUGUGUGAACGUGGGCUGUGUUCCCAAAAAGGUCACGUACAAUGCUGCUGCCAUCGCCGAGGCGUUCCGCGAGGCCAAGGCCUAUGGCUUCGGUGGCUACAACACCCCUACCUUCGACUGGCCCACGUUCAAGCAGAAGAGGGACGCGUAUGUGAAGAGGUUGAACGGCAUCUAUGAGAACAAUCUCAACAAGGACGGCAUUGAGCAUAUCAAGGGACGUGCCAAGUUUGUCGCAAGAGAUGAAGUCGAGGUGGCGCUAGACGGGGGAGGUACCCAGCGCAUUAAGGCGAAGCACAUCCUCAUCGCUACCGGCGGGCGUCCACACAUCCCCGACAUUCCCGGAAAGGAACUUUGCAUCGACAGCGAUGGCUUCUUCGAGCUGGAGCAGCUUCCCAAGAGCAUCGCCACCGCCGGAGCAGGCUACAUUGGCGUGGAAAUGACCGGCAUGCUCAACUCCCUAGGUACCGAAUGCCACUUCUUCAUCCGCGGCCAGACAGUCCUCCGCCAACACGAUCCCAUGAUUCAGCAGGUCAUCACCCGCGAAUAUGAGCGCCAAGGCAUCCAUAUGCACAAGUCCCAGAUCAUCACCGGCGUGGAAGCCAUCGGCAACGGAAUGAAGCGCGUCACCUACGAGGACCUCAGCACCAAGGAGCAGCACAGCAUAGAAGUCGAAACCGUCCUCUUCGCCAUUGGCCGCGUGCCCGAAAUCGAAGACCUGCAUGUCCGGGAGCUGGGCAUGAAACUCAACAAAAAGGACCACAUCAUCGUCGACAAGUACCAGAACACGAGUUUCCCCAACGUCUAUGCCAUUGGCGAUGUCUGUGACCGCGGCUUUGAACUCACACCCGUCGCCAUUGCCGCAGGCCGCAGGCUGUCCGAUCGCCUCUUUGGCGGCAUGAAAGACCGGCAUCUCGAGUACGAGAACAUCCCCGCUGUUGUGUUCUCCCACCCGGAAAUCGGCGCCAUUGGCUUGACGGAGCCUCAUGCACGAGCCAAGUACGGCGAUGGCAAUAUCAAGAUCUACCAGACGCAGUUUACGGGCAUGUACUAUGCCAUGAUGGACGCGGAGCACAAGGCACCUACGGCUUACAAGAUCAUCUGCGCGGGCAAGGAGGAGAAGAUCGUGGGAUUGCAUAUCCUGGGGCAGAGCAGCGCCGAGAUUCUGCAAGGUUUCGCCGUGGCUAUCAAGAUGGGGGCGACGAAGAAGGACUUUGACAAUUGCGUGGUACGUAGUCGAUUUGUUUCCUCCAAGAAUUGCCCGUCGAGCCCAGUUCUCACACUCCAUGACUGCACCCAUCUCAUUACACCGCCAAACCCUAUCGCCCAUCGGCCCCUCAUUCCGGGCUGCAUAUGGAAGCUCCCCGGAAUCGCUCCCGCUUCUCAUAUACUACACAUACCCUUGUCCAUUCUCUGACCACUCAUCCCCCUCCAUUUCUCUCCCGCGAUCUUUACUUUUGCCCCCUUCCCCGCCCAACUUCCCCAACGUCCAUGCAUGAUCACCCCACAUUGACCUGCGUCCGUCUUCACAUAUCCGGGGAAGCGAGCUUGGGCAGCGGAGACGUUUUUCUAUCUCAAUUACGCAUGCACGUCGAUCACCUACCACGUCCAAUCACUUCCGUUUCAUCUAUACCUGGCUAACUCUUCGAUUUUCCAGGCCAUCCACCCCGUUUCCGCCGAGGAACUGGUCACGAUGACAUAGAUGUGAUACCCGCCGGCGGAGUUUUAGCAAGACGAAUACCUCGUGUUUCAUGCUUGGUGUUUUUCUCCCGUGGCUAUCUAGCUAGAAACGGCCUGGAUAUAGAUGUAUGUAUCAUGUGACUAUA